UUUUACUCGAUCAUACCUAAUCGUACGUUCAAGUUAUUUAAUUGAAUAGAUUUCUCAGAAAGAAUGUUAAAUCAUAAUCUUGUUGGAAAGAAGAAAUUAAAUAUAUUUGAAACAUAAUAUUAGUAAUACACAUCCCUGACAAUAAACAAUAGAUGUUACUUAGCAAUGAAGUAAAUAUUUAUUUGAAAAAUUUUGAAACUAUGGAUAAUACUCCGAUUUUAAAACGACCUAAGCCAACUGAUAGUGAAGAAGAGUUGUUUCGUAUGCAAGAAGAAUUUUUAAAGAAUAAACAGCAACCAUCGGCGAAAGUAAUUAAUUUGCGAGAAUCAUCAAAAUCAUCAAGUACUGAAACAGCUAAAGAUCAAAUUAAAACUGGUAAAGUAAGAUCAAAAUUUUCUCAACAAAAAAGACUUAAAACACAAGACAAAGUCUCUACUUCACAAGUUGGUGGUGAUGUUAUAAAUCCUAUAAUUAAAGAGAAAGGUGGACCACAGGAAUAUGUUCAAAAUAUACCAAUGUCACCAUGUAAUAUAAUAUUAGGAAAUAUUGUUGAAAAGAAAUAUGAUACAAGCAAUUAUGAGCGCAACAAACAACAGUAUUCUCAGUUAGAUUCAGGUUUUCCUCAAGUUUUUAGUUCUCCAUACAUGACAAGUAAUGGCAAUCAAAGUUUGUUUUGGCAACAAGUUUCUUCUAAAGAGCCUGUUGUAAAUAAAGUAGAAAAGUUUGAAUGCUUGGAAUCUCCAUGUACAAGUGAUAGCAGGGUUACUGUAGAUGGAUCAUGGGCAUCUGAAAUACAUAAAGAAAAUUUAGAACGGUUGAAUCAAAUGAGUCAGGAAGAAAUAUUAAAAGAGAAAAGUAAACUUGAAAUGACUCUUAAACCAGAGUUAAUACAAUUUUUUAAAAGUAGGAUUAGUAAGAAGCAGAAAAUCAAUCAAGAAAAACUUGAAAACACAAGUAUCUUUGUUAAAGAUGAUAAUAUAACAUCAAUGAAUGAAGAAAAGAUAAUUUCAGAAGUUUCUGAUAAUGAAGAUGUUACAUCAAUGCAAGUGGAUGAACCUGAACAAAGUAUACCUAAACCUCCUAUCGAAUUAAUGGAACAAGCUAAAGAAAAGGGUUGGGUACACAUGGAUUCUCUUGAACCUGAGAAGUUGAAAUGGAUGGAAGAUGUGCCUGCAGAAAAAAAAGAUGAGCCUCCUCCAGAUGAACCGUACAAUGCUCGUUUUGAUUUUAAUGGUUUAUUGUUAGCGUAUAAAGAUGAAAGUGUGUCAAUUGAGAAAGGUCUUCAUCAUCAUGGAGAAGAGCCCGAUCGUCCGGGUUAUUCCUUACAAGAAUUAUUACAAUUGAGUCGAUCGUCCGCGCAGCAACAACGUUGUACAGCUCUUACAACAUUAGCAAAUAUUAUAGAGAAAAGUCGUAAAGGAUGGUACGAUAAAGCAUUACAACCAGCUCCUUUGACUGCAUUAAGUCAAAAGAAUCUUUUAUUGCUACUGAGAUUUUCAUUGGAUGAUACUUCAGCAGCUAUAGUUACAGCAACUUUGCAAGCACUUAGAGCUUUCUUAUGCAGUGAAGCAGAUGAAAUCUGCUUAGAUAGACUAUAUGGUUUCCAGUACUAUAAGGAACCUAUUUUAAUAUUACCAAAAACUGAUGUUACUGAUACAAGUAAUUUAAAGGAUCACGAACUAGCACAAUUGGAUGCAGUUGCUGCUUUGUUGAGAACUGAUAUACUCCUAAGGAUCAGAUACAUCUUAAGUGAAUUGCGACCACCGCCUGUCGGUGUAACGUGUGCGUUAGAAAUAUUAGUUCGACUUGUAAGACACUCAAAUGUUACUACAUUAAAUAUUGCAAAUACUCCAUAUUUAUUGGAAACAAUAACUGAACAUUUUAUGCCAUUAUCUACGGACAAAUUAGCAAUGUUAGAUACCAUAAGUAACGUUUAUGGAGUUCCUGUAGUGGCUGCGGUAAGAUUUUGUCGGAUCUUACUUUGCUACGGAGGAAAGCCUGUUGCUCAAAAAUUAAAUAGUCUUAAAAUUGUACAACGUAUUAUAUCGUAUGUUAGCUGUGAUGCAGGAAAAGGAAGCUUUAAUUUGAGCAUUGAAAGUCUGCGAUUAUGGAAAACAUUACUACUUUAUGAUGAAGCAGUGGAUAGUUUAACUGGGGCACAAUUAAUUCUUGUAUCACAGUUACAACUUUUACUAAGUAAUCAUGACAUAAAAAAUGCAUAUGAGUUAUCUUGUGAAUAUGCAGCAGCUUUGAUAGCUGUUGCAAGUUGUUUGACGCCUUUAAAAGCAAAUAUGUCAGUUUUAUUAUCUAAAUGGAGCACACAAUUGUUAUCCUUAAAAUAUGUCACGUGGGGUACUACAAAACUUAUUGCGGAAACGUUACUGGCAGUCGGUGAUAGUUCGGCAAUUAAAACAUUAAUUGUAUCUAGGUCAGAAGUGUUUUCUAAACUUUGUUCGACUUCAAAUUUAUUGAGCGAUUGCUCUCCAGCUACUGAACGCGAGCCUUCUUCUUUACCUCAUUUGGGUGUUUUGACCCACGAUGGAAAAUUACAGCCUACAGUAUCUCAGGAAUCUUGUUUCCCGUUUUUAGCAACAGUGCUAAAUGUAUUUGUUAAUCAUUCUUUCGUAGAAGAACUUCAGGCAAUUCUUAAGCAUCCACAACUUCAUAAGUAUUUAAAGAGAUUAGAAGCAACAGAGUGGAGUUUAGAAAGAUCAUGGUAUACAAGGUCAGAAUUAUCUUUUUUGGUUGGUAUAGUGAAUGCAACUUCUCUGAUUAGAGUAGACAGUAAAAUAAGUCAUACCAUCUGGAAAAUUGCUAUCAAACUUGUAUCAUCUUUACCUGCUGAUUUUCCAUCUAAUACAAAAAGUAUUCUUAGAAUUGUUUUAGCAGAAGAGAAAUUAAAUUUAGAAAUGGUAACAAACGAAUUAGAAAAGUUACAUUUGAAUUCAAACAUUGAAGAUAUGAAAUUAAAUUUAUCGCGUGAUGUAGCUGGUUUAUAUGAACAAUACGUAGCAUUGAACGGCGAAUGGGAUGAAGCAGCAAUGCCUAAGGACUGGCUUUACUUACCCAUAGUUCAUGUUUAUACAAAAUGUAGAAACAGUGGUACAUGUAACCAGGAUGAUACAACUACUGUCAUAAUCGUAUUAACUUUAGAAUUAGUAUUACCUGAUUUGGUUGAACAAUUGUCGCAAAGUUUACGCUUCAGCAGACUGGUACUCGUAUAUUUAUGUGAUACUUUAUACUUAAAUAAUGACGUUUCUACUUUACUUACUAGGGCUGUUUCAACCUUGCUGAAAGAUAAUUAUAAGAAACUCAAUUUUACAAUAGACUUGCCAGGACUUAAUUCGUUUACUGAUUUAUUUACAGCUAUGUGCGAACAUUUUUGUUCAACUUCAUACGGUGAUGAAGGUUUUUCAAUGGCUUUGUUAGUACCAAUUACACAGAGACACGAUGUUCAUUACAGAAAAUUAUUAUGGUCAGAACACGGAGGUGUGCUUCGAUAUCUUAGAUUACCUAUAGAAAAAUUAGUUGUUCCGCUUAAGGAAUAUCUAUAUCCUCUCGAGGAAGAUACGUCUUUAAUAGAUAGUUAUUUAACAGCACUGGUUAGAGGAAUUGUUAAACAAGCCUGGUGUCCUAUUCCUUAUACAAUUGCUGUACAUCAUUCUGCAAUGUAUUUGAAACAGACGAGCAAGUUAGCAGUUCGAAUGAAAACGCAACUGGAAAAAAUACCUAACAAGGGUCUAGCUGCUAUGUUAUUACAUUAUGAACCACCUAAAUUAUAAAGUUUGUAUGAUACAUGUUUAUUUAAGAUAUCAAAUAAGUUAGGGAUUAAAUAAUUUAUUUCAGUCAGUUGUAAAACGUACAUGUAUUAAUAUUAUUAGGCAGACAACUAAUUGUGUGAAUAAAGAAUAGGAACAAUCUGUGUUUACAUAAAACAUACAGGCACUGUUUGGUCCUGUUCACUGAUUGCCAAAGUUUUCAAUGAAUUAGUACUAUAAUUAGGAGAAUACAAUAAUUAAAAUUUUGCAAUUGGUUGAUGUUUCAUAAUAUGUAUUAUACAUGUGUAUAGUUUAUAAGUAUAAAUUUGCAAGAGAAGUUUGUAUUAAAUUUUGUUAAGUAAA